AUCAAAUAUAUUGUAAUGUUUAUUUUUCGUCUCUUCUCUUUACAGGUGAGUGCCCAAAUAUACAUACUUCAUAAAAAGGACUCGUCCUUUCCCGUCUCUUUCCGUCUCCGUGCUCCAGGUCAUGAGCGACUCAACGAAUACAUAUCCCACUACGAAACACUCAACUAUGAUCACGAGCACAUUCGAGCUAGUCACAACCGAGCGCGACGAUCAGUGACCAAAGAUCAUUAUGUACAUUUAAAGUUUGCAGCACAUGGAAGAGACUUCCAUCUUAGAUUAAAACGUGAUUUAAAUACAUUUAGCGAUAAGUUAGACUUCUAUGAUAGCAAUGGCCCCAUUGAUGUCUCCACGGAUCAUAUCUAUGAGGGCGAAGUGAUAGGGGAUCGUAAUAGUUAUGUAUUUGGUUCCAUACACAAUGGGGUAUUCGAGGGUAAAAUUAUAACGGAACGUGAUGCCUAUUAUGUUGAACAUGCCAAACAUUAUUUUCCCACAAAUCGCACGGCGACAACACCGACAGUAACAAAAGCAACACCGUCGACAUCCUCGACCACCACAACCACCACACGAACAAGGACUUCUAGCAGCCCACUAACAAAAACAAAAAAUAAUAACAGAACUGCCGUUGAUAGUAAGACAGAAAACUUCAUAAAGAAAAUUGCUGAAUCCACAACAACGACGACGACGACUACGACGCAGUAUCCAGAGCUUUUCGAGACUUCUUCAUCCGCAUCCUCGUCGUCGUCCUCGUCCUCUACAUUCCCAUCCACAUCGGAAAAACCUGCGGAUGAGCAGGAUAACGCCGAGGACGAACUUGAUUUUCACUCCAUUAUCUACAAGGAGUCACAUGUCGAGGACGCCUAUGAAAAUGUGCGCGAAGGUCACGUGGCCGGCUGCGGCAUCACGGACGAGGUCUCACAAUGGAUGGAGAACAUACAAAAUUCAGCCGUCGAAGAGCUGCCGGAGCCCAUGUCAAAGGACUACCAAAAGCUCCACCGGAAGCAGCUGCACAAAAAGUCCGCCCCCCAGCAACAGCAACAGAAUCAGCAGCAGCAGCACCAGCCCCAUCCUCCAAAGAAAUAUAUGAGCGGUGAGGAUGACUUCAAAUAUCCACAUCAGAAAUAUACCAAGGAGGCCAACUACGCCGAGGGUGCGUUCUACGAUCCGGCCACCGGACGUCGUCUCGGCUCUUCCGCCAAUGUGGCCGACUGGCAUGAGCUGGUCCACGAGCGGGUCCGCCGCGCCACCGACAAUGGUGGUGCAUCCUCUGGCGGGGGCAGGGGUCGGGAGGACAACAAGAAUACCUGUUCGCUUUAUAUACAAACGGAUCCAUUGAUUUGGCGCCAUAUUCGCGAAGGCAUUUCCGAUCAACAGGAUCGUGGGCGUAGGUACGAGGUGGAUGUGAAAACCCGUGAGGAAAUCACAUCGCUGAUUGCACAUCACGUGACGGCCGUUAAUUACAUUUACCGCAACACAAAGUUUGAUGGACGCAACGAGCAUCGCAACAUCCGCUUUGAGGUGCAACGUAUAAAGAUUGAUGACGACUCUGCCUGUCGCACUUCGUACAACGGACCCCACAAUGCCUUCUGCAACGAGCACAUGGAUGUCUCCAACUUUUUGAAUCUCCACUCCCUCGAGGAUCACUCGGACUUCUGUCUGGCCUAUGUGUUUACCUACAGGGACUUCACGGGCGGCACUUUGGGCCUGGCGUGGGUGGCAAGUGCCUCGGGCGCUUCCGGCGGCAUUUGCGAGAAGUACAAGACCUACACUGAGACGGUCGGGGGGCAGUACCAGAGCACCAAGAGAUCCCUCAACACGGGCAUCAUAACCUUCGUGAACUACAACAGUCGAGUGCCGCCAAAGGUGUCGCAAUUGACCUUGGCCCACGAGAUUGGCCAUAACUUUGGAUCACCUCAUGAUUACCCGCAAGAGUGUCGACCUGGUGGCCUCAAUGGCAACUUCAUCAUGUUCGCCAGUGCCACCUCGGGUGAUCGCCCCAACAACUCCAAGUUCUCGCCCUGCUCCAUCCGGAAUAUAUCCAACGUUCUGGAUGUCCUGGUGGGCAACUCAAAGCGUGACUGCUUCAAGGCCUCGGAGGGCGCCUUCUGCGGCAACAAGAUUGUGGAGUCUGGCGAGGAGUGCGACUGUGGCUUCAACGAGGACGAGUGCAAGGACAAGUGCUGCUAUCCGCGUCUCAUCAGCGAGUACGAUCAGUCGCUGAACUCCAGUGCAAAGGGCUGCACCCGGCGGGCGAAGACCCAGUGCUCCCCGUCGCAGGGUCCCUGCUGUCUGGCCAACUCCUGCACCUUUGUGCCGAUCAGCAACCACCAGAAGUGCAAGGAGGAGACCGAGUGCAGCUGGUCGAGCACCUGCAACGGCACCACCGCAGAGUGCCCCGAACCCCACCAUCGCGACGACAAGACGAUGUGCAACAAUGGCACUGCCCUGUGCAUCCGUGGCGAAUGCAGUGGCUCGCCCUGCCUGCUCUGGAACAUGACCAAGUGCUUCCUCACCUCGUCCACGCUGCCGCAUGUGGACAAGCGCAAGCUGUGCGACCUGGCCUGCCAGGACGGCAACGAUACCUCCACCUGUCGCAGCACCAGCGAGUUUGCCGCCAAGUAUAACAUUCAAAAGGGUGGCAUUAGCCUGCAACCAGGUUCUCCUUGCGACAACUUCCAGGGCUACUGCGAUGUGUUCCUCAAGUGCCGCGCCGUGGACGCCGAUGGCCCGCUGGUGCGACUGAAGAAUCUCCUCCUCAACCGGGAGACUCUGCUCACGGUGGCCGAGUGGAUCACCGGCAACUGGUAUCUGGUGGUGCUAAUGGGCGUGGCCUUCAUUGUGGUGAUGGGCGCCUUCAUCAAGUGCUGUGCCGUGCACACGCCCAGUUCCAAUCCCAAGAAACGGCGGGCACGUCGUAUUAGUGAGACACUGCGUGCUCCCAUGAAUACGUUGCGAAGAAUGCAACGUCAUCCUCAUCAGCGAGGCGCCGGUCCACGCAGCAUCCCACCGCCAGCCCACGAGGCGCAGCACUAUCCCCGCAGCGGAGAAGGCCGCAGCGGGGGUGGCGGCGCUGGAGGAGGCGGCGGACGCCAUGGCGGUGCCCGAUCGCAUCAUCAGUCCCAUCCGCAUGAGUGGGACCGCCAACAGGGCGGUCACUCCAUCGUGCCCCUGCCCACCGGCGGCAGCCAUGCGAGUCGCAGCUCUGCGGCAAACCAGGCGGCAGCGGCGAGACGCAGCGAUGGACGCGGCACAAGGUCCACUAGCAGCGGGAGGCCGCAAGGCGCCAGCGGAGGCUCCAGUGGAGCGUCCCGAGGACAUGGCGGGUAUGCAGCCGAGCAGGCGAUACCGGGUUCCAUUGGUGGUGGUGUGCAGGCGGCCAUUAGCAGCGGCGGUGUGGUGGCUCGGGCCCAGCUGCCGCUGCCUCUGCCGCCGCCGAAUGCACAACAGCAGGUGCAACAACAGCAACAGCAACAACAUCUGCAACUGCAACAGCCGCAUGUUGCACUGUCGCCGCAACAGCAGCCGCAAGCGUUCUACGCGCCGAAAGAGCUACCACCACGCAAUAAGUCCCGCUCAUCACGUACCAACAACACCUCCAUCACCACCACCACAACCACCAACUCAUCCACCGCGGCAGCGUCCGGCAGUGGGGCGGUAUCGGGUGGGGGAUCGGGAUCGGGGGCGGGCAGUAGUAGCAAGAACAAAAGCGGGAAAAGUGCCAAAACCAAAGACGCCAAAAAUUCGCAGAAACAGUCCAGCAGCAGCAGCCGGAGCAGCAGCAAGGAGAAGGCCACCAAGCCGGUGCGCCGAAAUAUCGUUUAUUAACGGAUCCGGCUCCAUUAUAAAUGCCAUAACACAGAAAGACAUCACAGACUCCAAACUCCCGAUAAAUACCA